AUGUCUUUCGGCUCUUAUAUUGUUUCAGGUGCUAGCUAUUUCGUGGUGGUGACCGUCUCCCUCUUUGCAAUCGGCCAAAAAGUGCCUCGCGCCGCUUUCGCUGCCCGAUGUCUCGCCUCAUAUGGCUGUCUCCUCGUCAGUGCCGCGUACGGCGUGCUCGUUUCGAUCUGUCUGCGAAUAGUUGGAUACGGCCGUGUUUCGCAGUGGGCAGCAGGCCGCAGCUUUAAGUGGCUGAUGCGGUUCACAACCGGCGUCAAGUUCGAGGUUAUUGAAGGCGGAGAAUACCUCUCCACCCGUCCGGCAGUCUUCAUUGGUAACCACCAGACUGAGCUCGACGUGUUGAUGCUUGGAAGUGUCUUCCCGCCAUACUGCAGUGUGACUGCCAAGAAGUCACUGCGAAAUGUUCCUUUCCUGGGCUGGUUCAUGUCUCUCUCCCGGACUGUGUUCAUUGACCGUGCCAACCGGGAAACAGCCCUUAAGGCUUUCGAUGGCGCCGCGGCGGAGAUGCGCGAUCACCGCCAGAGCGUUUUUAUUUUCGCUGAGGGUACCCGGAGUUACUCCGACGAACCUACCCUACUACCCUUCAAAAAGGGUGCUUUCCAUCUCGCUGUGAAGGCCGGUGUGCCCAUCGUGCCGAUUGUGACGGAGAACUAUUCACACGUUCUAUCGCCUCGUGCCUGGCGAUUCAAUGCUGGGACUAUCAAAAUUAAAGUUUUGCCUCCCAUCCCGACUCAGGAUUUGACAUCGGGUGACGUGGAUAGCUUGACCCAGUCGACGCGCGAUUCGAUGCUCAACACUCUUACAGCAAUUUCCCAUGCGCAGAAGGAGGAGGUCGAUGUUGCUUGCACCAACGGCGUCUCCAGCGCCAUUGAAAUCUAA